AUGGCUGAUGAGCAAGCAGGAGAGUUGCCCUAUGCGGUGACAUCAUACGUCAAAGACGGAGAGAUCGACCUCUCAUACAGACUUGUCAAGAUAUGCCAGGAAGACGGCAGCAACGGCAGCAACAUGGAUAAGAUCAAGACUGAUGUGGCCAAGCCGCCAACCACAGCCGCUGCAGCAGACAGUUCGCCAGUCUCGGAGACUGGGACGGCCCAGUCGUGGGAGAUGAUCAACCCUGAGGAUGCAAACAAUGUGGCCACGGCUGAGUAG